CAUCCUGACUUCCAGUUCCUCUCAGAGAGUGAGAGAGAGUGAGUGAGAGAGAGAGAGAGAGAGAAUGAUGUUGUUGAAGAUUGGUGGUGGCACAGCCAUGGCUGUCCCUCGUAGAACUUUAUGGAGGAGACCCAUGUGCUUGGCUUCCAACGUCGACACCGAGCAGCUACGUGUUCAACUCGUUCAGCUCCAUUCUGAGGCUGAGAGCGCCAGAGGCAAAGCAAACAAUGCAAGAUUGAGGCUUCUUCGACUGUCAGAGACAGCUGAGAAUCUUAAAAGGCAAGCAGCAAUUAAUGUCCAAACUGGGAAGGAGGAUGAUGCAAGGGAACUACUCUUUCAGAAGAAAAAGGUCAUAGAAGCAUUGGAGAAGUCCAAAAAACGCAUUGAAUUGCUUGAUGAGCUUUCCUCAAAGCUUAAUGAGGCGAUUUCUCUAAAAGAAAGGCAGCUAAUUGGGAAUGUUACUUUGGAUCUAGAAGUUGUCAGAGAUGAUGCUUUCAGUCCAGUUCGAAUUGUAUCCCCAACACCAGAUGUUGCAGAAGAUUUGGAGGAGGGCAAAGAAUUUGCCUCUAAUGAUCUGAAGCUCAGUAAUGAUGAAGAAAAGCCGCUUCUUGCAGAGAGCCAAGCAAGCAUACCUGUUGAGCCAGAAGGGGAGGAUCUUCAAGAGCCUUUAAAUAAGGGAGCUUGGAAUGAAGAUGAAAUAAUUACUAGCUUGAAGGGAAUAACCUCUUUUGAGAAAUUCCUGGAACAUCUGGAUCAUCAACUUAACAAAAUUGAAGCAGAACUUGUCACUAUUUUAAGAAUCUCAACCUUGGUAGUGGGCAGCCAGGAGAAACCAAAAAAUUUUAAGGUGCAACAAAUAAUGGAACUUCUUGAGAGUAUCGCUGGCGUUAGACAGAGAAUUUCAAGUAUCAAGAUGGCAAAUGUGGAGAUCAGAUAAAGCUUCAAUUGUUUUAUUGUCUCGAAUCUAGUAGGCCAAGCAUUAAUAAAUCUCUAAGGAAAGCUCCACCUCGUGUUGUGAACUUAUGUGUGCAUAGAACGGUACAGUUUGUCAAAGGAUUGCAAAGCAAUAAACAGCUACUUCAUUGCUUCAGCAAGAUUUGGGGAUUGAAUGAAUUUUAGCAGACAUCAUCUAUAUUUCCUUGAAAAAGGUGCUCAACCUACAGGAACUGUUCAUGAUAUUUCAAAAAAGGCGGGGUUUUUACGGAGCUUCGCCUUAAUCAACAAACACAAGUAAUAUUAGUUGCUUUGCCCAUAGUAUUUGAUUGAUGCCUAUCCAAUUUCAAAUGUCAUUCAUUUCAGCUGCCUUUCAUGCCCUUGCUUCUGUUGUAAAAUGUUUUGUUUGCAUUAGAUAAUGUAGUUGAGUAGGCUGUAUAUGUUCCAUACCUGAAUUAUGCGCAGCAAUGCAUGUUCUUUUGAUGAACUCACAGAUUUUCUAGAACAGAGAAUGUAA